AUGAUUGAUGAUCACCAACUGGGCAUAAUAGCCAAUGUUCUUGGCAUGUUCAUAUUUCUCCUGGUGAUUGCUUAUCAUUACGUGACGGCAGACCCAAAAUAUGAAGGCCACUGAGAGUGAGAAUAUGGUAUCGUAUCUGCUAAUGGACACACCAAUUGAACUCCAAAAAGACCUAGUUGAUACAUGUAUCAUUGCAUUUUGUUAGCACUUGAACUUUUACUACUACCUCAGCGUUUAUCCGCUUCCUAUUAUGUCCUCUCCCUUCUAAUUCCAUAAUCCAUAUGCACUUGUCUGGGACUUGUAUACAGAUCAUAAUGUAGCUCAAAGUACUUAAUGUUAUCUGUAGAAUUUCUUUAAA